AGUACAUGUUGGUGUUUCAAUUUUCGUGGACACAUCAUUCGCAUCGUGUUUUCCAGUCUGAACGUUCCAUAUCGUGGCACUUGUAUUACUAUCACGACUACCACUUUUUUUUUUUAGUUUGGAGCUCGCUGUCAACAGGGGAAAACUCCAACGCGCCCGUUAUAGCCACAUUUAAAUCGUCUCGUAGAAGUAACUCCCCCUCCUCUUUGUUCUUGUCGUAUUCGUCUCUUUUCUCUAUUUUUUUUUGUUUUACAUUGAUGUUGACAACACACCCGUUCGUGCUGUGAACGGCCCCCCCCCCCUCCCCAACCACACACACACAAACACACAAACGGCACGAACGCUUCACACAGGCUUAACAAAAAAAAACUUAUUUAGUAUUAGUUCUUACUCUUCUUUUUUCUUCUAUUCAUCGUACCCCCCGCCAAUACGACUAAUUCAGACGUUCAUCUCUUUCUUCCCUUCUGUGCGUGUCGAGUUCGUGAUAGAGAUAUCAGACUCCUCGUGUCCUUUGUUUUGUUUGUUUGGACACCUUUGUCACAGUCGUCUUUGAAUAAGUUUUUUUUUCCCUUUUCCCUUACUACUGUUGGAUUUGUGUUGGGACGUGCUGUCGUGCCCCGUUGCGAGUUGCGCCACCCUUCAUACCGCCUGCCAUCUAGGAGUCUGCGUUGCAUGUUGUUGCCACGCAUCGAAAUCUCGUUAAAAGUUUAGGCUUUUCAAAUUCGAAUGGACUUUCGACAAGACCUCUUUAACCGCCGCGAGAUCGUCGCCAUCCUGCUGGACCUCGACGAGGAAACACUCCGACGCACCGACUGCGCGCUGCCACGACCACCGUCGUCGCCGUCCGUCACACGCGACACUCCGGCAACGCAUGCGCCACCGCAAACCCGCUUCGAUGUCGCGCGAGCAGCACUCAUGGCGUUUGUAGCGGUGAAGCUGCGUUCGGCUCCGAAUCCUUCUUCUAUGUCCUUUGGGCUGUACGCCGUGCGUGGGGAGGGGCAGAGAGUGGAUGACGUAGUCGCACUGGUACCUCCGACGUCGUCUGGUGGUCCGAGUGCGCGAGCUGUGCAAGAAGCACUGCGGGGGUUGAGUGCGGACUCCUACGCCAGUCGCACACACAUCGAUACCCCCGGCACUCCAUUUAAAAGCCUAAAAAAGCAUGAGGACGGGAGCCCUGAAGUGGUUGCGCCGUACACCGGAGUUUUGCAACGUCUCCAACAGCUGAAAGAUUCAGUUGACGCGCAGCAGCAGCAGCAGCCGGCGACGACUAACGCGUUGACACCAUCACCUAGCUUUACAGCAGUAGCAGCACUGUAUCGGACACCCUUUCAAAGCAGCGGAAUCUUUACCGUCGAUGGAGUCGCUGCGAUUGCGCCAGGAAACGUAAGUGAACGAGCGAGCAGUGACAGCAGCGGAGGUGUGUGCCUCGUUGUACACGGGAUCGCGGUGCGUUCGCAUAGCACGUCGCUACCGACUCUGUCGUGGUCCUCCAACGCAGCAGGCACGUCUUCCUCAACUCCUGUGUCGGAAGGAACAGAGUCGUCGGUCUGGCUAGAUGUGGUGGUGCUCGACGGCUCGUUGGAAACUGCGGCAGUGACCGCUGCUGCUUUGUCUCCUUCACGAGAAUGUGUUGUACACGGCUGUCGAUGCACCUUCCUGGACCCGGUCGAGCUCACAGGUAUCACGCAUCGUGGCUUAGCCCUCGGCCCCGCGCUGGUACGCGUCAUGUCUCUUCCCGAAGCUCGCACCUCUGCCUUCGUCCGCCGACCGCUUUCUUUCCUGAAGAUUCUUCGCAGCACCAGUGCGGGCAGCGACGCCGUCUUCACCUCGGCCUCGUCCGGCAAGUCCGCCCGGCCCACCACGCCCGUCACAGCAGUGAGUGAUACAGCGGUGGCGACGACGACGACGACGGUGCGCGCCGAUCAUAGACACCGCUCCCCGCCGCGGCCGUUAAGUGUAAAUCGAGGGGCGGGCGGCGGCAACGUGGGAGCUUCCGCACCGCCCAACACCGCUGCUGGGGGAGGCGUUGCUGCGGAGCGGUCAGGCGUCGACUCCCACAACCGACGACCCACGCCGCCACGAAGCCCCCACCGCCGCCACAGCGGACCAUUCACCCCCGCUUGA